AUGCAUCUCACAUCCUUCCUCACAACCUCCCUCGCCAUCUCCGGCACCCUCGCCUACCCGGGCAUGGGCAACCAAAUUUCCGAAAUCAUGUCCCGCGCCUCCGACAAAGGCGACUCAACCGAGCUCCUCGGCGACCUAAUCACCCUCAAAGACCGCGACCUCACCCCCGUCGGCAAGGACGUCAAGAAGCUCCUCCAGGGCAAGGGCACCCCCGAGUCCAACGACCGCUACAUCCUCCCCGUGCCCGCGCUUAACUCGGACAAGUGCAAGAAGGACACGUGCUGCGUCUGGCGCUACGUCGCCGACGACAUGUACCAGUUCAUGGCCGGCUCCUCGGGACGCUGCACAAAGUGGGCGCGCGCCGCCGUCCGCCUCGGCUUCCACGACGCGGGCACCUGGUCCAAGGCCACCGCCUCCCAGGGCGGCGGCGCCGACGGCAGCAUCAUCCUGGCCGGCGACGAGAUCGGCCGCUUCGAGAACCGCGGGCUGCAGGAGGUCGCCGCGCGCUUCGCGGAGCUGCACGGCAAGUACAAGGCCAUGGGCUGGAACAUCGGCAUGGGCGACUUCAUCCAGAUGGGCGCCAACGUCGCGACGGUGGUGUGCCCGCUCGGCCCGCGCAUCAAGACGUACGUCGGCCGCAAGGACAGCGCGAACCCCGCGCCGGCGGGCCUGUUGCCGAGCCCGUUUGCGCCCGCGGACCAGCUGAUCCAGCUGUUCAAGGACAAGACAAUCGGGCCUCAUGGGCUGGUUGCGCUGCUUGGCGCGCAUACGACGAGCCAGCAGAACUUUGUCAAUGAGUCGAGGGCCGGCGAUCCGCAGGACAGCACCCCCGGUGUGUGGGAUGUGUUGUACUACAAGGAGACGCUGAGCGACCGCUCGCCUCCCCGUGUGUUCAAGUUCCCCUCGGAUAUCUCCAUCUCGCAGCACCCUGAGACCAGCAAGGAGUUCAGGGAGUUCGCUGGACCUGGUGGACAGAACCACUGGAACGAGGACUACGCCAGAGAGUACAUCCGUCUGUCGCUGCUUGGUGUGGACAACAUCAACCAGCUUACCGAGUGCACCAAGGUUCUCCCUCCUGCGACUAAGGGCUUCCGCAUCCUCGACCAGUUCAAGCUCGACAAGUGGCUGAACAGCGUCGGCAACAAGGGCGCCGCCAAGAAGGUGUCUCAGGACAUUGAAAACGGUGACACUGUCACUGUUGAUGUUCCUCCCGUCAACAACCGCAACUAG